AUGACUUGGAAAAGUGUCAAAACAAAGUCAUCGAAAAAGGUAACUGAUGAUACUUUGGAAGGAAGCAAGUUUGUCGAAAACGGUCACUCUGAAGAAAGCUUACGGUCUGUUCCCCAGCUGGAGCAAAAGAUGCUUUCACAAUUAAGUGGAGAGGAAGGUUUUUCUUCUAAAAAAACAGAAAGAAAGAAUAGAAUUCUCGAUAGCAGUCGACAUUCCUCAAUACAUAAUGGGACAUGUUCAUCAGAGGUUGAAAGAGAAGAAAAACAUGCACCUGAUGGGACCGGGGCAGAAGCUGUUGAAAUGAGAUCCUUUGAUAGCUCUGAUUACACAUCAGGUACUGAAUCAACUGACAGUGAAAGUGUUAGCCCCACAAGUAAAGAUCUAAAUUCUUUGAGUAUUAAUUCAAAAUCGAGGUCGAUUAGUCAGAACUCUGGCAAUUGUGAUUCAAAAGGAACCCCAAGGAGAUCUACGAAACCAGUGGUAACAGACAGUCCUCAAAAACGUACAAACUCAAAUGAAAAGCGACUAGAUGCCUUACUUGAGCGAAAAAAGACUGCACAAGCUCAGAAAAACGUGAUCAAUGAUGCACUGAAGGGCUUAGACAGCGGUCCACAAAGCCAUGUUGGAGGAAACCACAUUGUGUUUUCUGAUAGCGAUGAGAAUGAAACAGAUGACAAGGAAGUUAAGAAAGCUGCUUACUCUAUGGGAGACAAGGUAAGUGAUUACUGAGUGACAUGUACAUGUUUCUUUGGGCCAACAUAAGCACAGGUAAGUGCGCAUGAGUACACAUAAAAGUACAAGCUAAUUAAGACACCAUUUGCCUUUCCCAGGGUUUUUUUCCAGGAAAGGGGGUAAGUCUUUAAAUAAACUGAGGUGCUGCGUUGGUGGGAGAGUAUAUAUAGUGUUAUGUUAGUGCUAUCAACUGAGUUGAUGACGUAAUUUGGCCACUGUAAAGAGUUUAGAAGCUGACGUUUCGAGCGUUAGCCCUUCGUCCAAUCGCCCUGACGAAGGACUAACGCUCGAAACGUCUGCAUUUAAACUCUUAACGGUGGCUAAUUUACGGGAAAUUGGCAUUUUCAAGAAAAUGCACGCGUAGCAAGUCAAACAUUUUUGCUUGCUAUCUUUGAUUGUUAACAGAAAGCAUAGUCAGUAUCAUGAUUUACUACUGAUGCACUGGCGCUUCACAACCUUACUAUUGACUGCUUUUGAUUUGACGCACACGUUUUUGUCGUAUACAGUGAAACUUCCACUGAGGAUACACCAUCAUUUAGAGGACAAAUUUUGUCUCUGGUUUGAAAAAUGCCCUGUAUUGUUUCUAUCUGUUACACUCAUGGAAGGCACAAAUAUGUUCAGGCUCCACGUUUCUCCCCCCAGGGUUGUUUCCGCACUAAAGAUUGCACUUCGUUAAAACGGAUAUUCUUUGAUUUAUUGAUGAUUAGGACAAACUUUUUUGAAAGUAUGUUUUUAGAUUUACUUUUGAUGAUUUCUUGGAUACGCAAUCGCGACAAAAAACUGGAGACGAUUUCAGGGGUAGUCGCGCAGCUGUAUAUUAUCAGUGCAAAUCUAUAAACGGUGCCAGAGAUACAUUUAAGGCUUGAUUAUUUCGGCGUCAGCUUAUGAGAUGUUAUUGUUUAUGGAGGUAGUAUUAUUGAAUCUUUAUUGAUUUGUUUCCAACUGUGGUAUUUGUACAUGUAUAUUAGAUCUCUGGUUCGAAGGCCAGUUCGUGGCUUGGACUCGAUAGUGACAGCGAAGAUGAUAAUGAUCUCGCAGGUCAUCUUAGCGUAGAAGGAAAUCAUCAGCUUGUUAAACCCCACUUUGAGGGAAAGUCUGGCGAAGAGGUAAUUUUUUUUAAUAUAAUUGUGCUCGUUUCUGUUUUCCACUAAUAACCGCAUUUGGCUGUCGGUUCACUCAUGAAAUAGAAUAGCUCCAACUGAUGUACAAUCUGCCGAGCGCAUUACAAUGUUGUCGGUUAACUCUCCUUUUGUUUUAUUCAACUGCGAUAUCAUGAAGCUUUUUCACCUUAACAUCAUUACAUAUUUUCUCCAUACUGUUCUCUAUACAUUUUCUACUGUACUGGCAAAGAGAAUUUGUUUGACAAUCAAGAGCUUCUUUAGUUGGUGAUCAUUUCCUUUAUUCUCAUGACCUUAUUUUUUUUUAAGGGUGAUAAUGUUAGGAGAAAAUAGUUACUAAUCCAAUACUUUUAUGUAUAUUCUCCAUACUGUUCUUUAUACAUUUCAUAAGGAUUUUCAUACUGACAAAGAGAAUUUGUUUACCGAUCAAAAGCUUCUUUCGUUGGUUAUCAUUUCUCCUAUUCUAAUGACAUUAAUUAAUGUGUGAUUCAGGGGUGAUAUUGUAGGAAGAAAUCAGAUGCUAGUCACUCUUAGAGUUUAGCGGGUUAAGGCCUGCCAGUUUUGUUUAUAUUAACAUUAGUUAAGUUCGUUUUGUCAAUAGGAUGACGCCGCCAAUGGCCUCUGCGUACGUGUGGCAUCCUUAGAUUUUAUAAAAUUAAGAUCAGUUUUGUUAAAUUGUACUUCCUAGCUUUUCAAAUUACAAAGGACUUACGGAGGAGAUAAAAGAUUUGAUCUUGAUUCACGUUUUCUGGAGAGCGAAGAAGACGACGACGAUCAUGAUGGUGGUUAUCGCUCUGAGAUCACUGCUAAAAGGGAUGCACGAAAGACACUGUCUCAAGGUUAUGAAGGGGCCAUCCCCAGGGAAAACGAGGACGAUAUAAGCAAAAGUAUUCAGGAAGAAAAGAAAAUGGCUUUUAAAGUUCUCGGAAAUAUUUUGGGGGCGGAUUUCAAGGCAGGUUACAGUGGUCACAACACUGAGGAAAAAGUACCAGAAUUCAGGUUAGUAGCAAAUGGAUGAAUGUUCGAUAAGCCACUAUGAAUAGCCAUAGUUUCGGUUUUCACAAAUGCAAAGGGGAAGCAUUGAACUUUGAAAAUUUAUUUAUUGCUUUUUUUAAUUUUGAACACUCUACGAAAGAAUAUGCCUGUGAAAUUUUAGGAUUACGAACAAACGUUUUUGCAGUUCAUGAUGCAGAAGCCACUGAUAAAAAAGUCCUUGGUGACUUUUGGUCGAAAAAAUUAUAAUACUAUUAAAAACAAACUAGAAAAGGGGAAAAAAAAAGCUUAUCUAUGUACGAUGUAUUUUCCGCAGGAGCACUGCCUUACUGCAUUACGACCCAACUCGAGAAGAUCACAAACAGUUUGAAAAGAUUGUUGAAGAGGAGAGAGAAAAACCGGACGUAAAACCUAGUGUAGCUAAAGAAAAACAAUCAGAGGAGGCAGAAUUACCCGAUGUAUCUCACGAAAAGUAUUACGAGGCCAAUGCCUCUCUGCUGACGAAUCUCUUCGGUGGAAAGGAGGUAAGGUGGAUUGUGACAGGGCCGCGAUAAAUCGUUUGCGAUCUAAUCUAAGCUGCCACAGCAAUCAUUUAUAAUCUGCAUGAGGUUUAGGCCUAUGAAGGUUGUUCAGGUUUUGUCAAGUACAGGCUUGUCGUUUUGUGGCUGCCAUUUUGUUAACUCGCUGGGUGGGAUCUUUUUUUCUGUUGUUGUUGUUUUAGUUUAGUUGCUGUUUAAUUUGUUUUUGUUUUUGAUAAUUUCAUUAGCUUGGUGUUGACUGCCUUUUAGUAUGCAAUUAUAAAUGGAUGGUGCCACGUACACGUAGGAUUAUCCGUAACCCCUAAUGCCCUAGCACUUAGGUCGCGCGCUAUGUUGCAAACCAACAUGUCAAAACCCACGUUCCUCCUGAGUACUGAAAAUGGUAGUCAAAAAUUGGUUUUCUUAAAACACACCCAUGGUCGUUUUUUAAGGGAAUGUUGAAAAACGAAGUUUCAAAUAAUCUAUAAAGAGCAACAGCACAUCUUGCACUCCGCCGCACCCUGCAAGAGAGCUUGCUCGCAAGAAAAGCGCAAGAUUAUUCAAAGGGAGAGAGAAUCAAAGGAAGGGUUUCAGAGGAUAAAAUUGGCAUGCCAUCCCAAAAUAUUGCUAUAUCAUUUGCAAUCGGUCAAUUUGUUUGUUGCCUAUCGAAGGUUCAAGGUAAUAUUUAGUCAUUUGGCCACGGACAUUUACACAUGGCUGAGAUUCCUCAUUCACUCAACAAAAGUUCCUCUCAGUGAAAUUGAUACGUUGAUGUUCACCCAGUCAUGACGAAGUUUGACUUCCGGUCAUAAAUUACUUUACGUACAGGGAACACCUUUCACAUUUCUUGCACGAGAACAAGGUGAUGACGUUGAUUCAACUCCUGAAGACCUCACACACGAGGGUGCAGUUGAAAUGCUAAAAUCAAAUCCCUGGCAGGCCACACCUAAGCUUCCUUAUGACAGUAGUGAUGAUGACGACGAUGACGACAACGAUGAUAAAGACAACGACUACGGUAGUGGUGAUAACGCGGAAUUGAAUAAUUCUGUUGGUUCAGAUGGUAUUGCGCUCAGUAAAAUCUCAUCGGCGCCUGAUGAGCUGUUCUUUUUUCACCCAGAUGAUCCUAUCUUGGCAAAUCGCAUCGAUGGUGAGAUAUACAUGUACUAACAAUACACAUCACGGGGAAAGGGUGAGGAGUUAUCAUUCUAGUCAAAGUUCACCUAAGAACCAGUUAGAAAUAUAGAGGACGUUUACUGUAGCACGAUACUGGUUAUCAAAGCCUAUUGCUGCAACCUUUGCGUUCCUAUGAUAUGAAGAAUGUAACGUUGAUUUGCUUUUCAGAUAAAGAAGCUAUUUUUGUGAGAAGAGUGAGCCAGGAAGAAGUCAGCGAACACUGGGUAGCAGUGAGAUCAGAUCUCACUCAAGACUACAAGAAAAAACGGAAGGAUGCUUUACGGAGACAGAAUAAAUUGGCUGCAAAGAGACCAAGGCAUAGAUGAUGAGGCUUGUAGUUAGUGACAGAGUCUAUGUACAAGGAAACAUCUGACUUAAAGCUGACGGUAGACUUUAUCGCCUGCUGUAAUUCUAAACUUUUUAAGUUGUAUGACACCUUACCCAUUUUGACUCUGUGUCCUAAUUAAAGAUUUUGGAUACCA